GCAGCGCUAGCAGAACCAACAUCAGCAUCUCAUUUAGAAGUAUGUCCACCACUGACAUGAGCAUGGGCAAAAUCAUCUUCUAUGAGGACAGAAACUUCCAGGGUCGCUCCUAUGAGUGCAUGAGCGACUGUGCUGACAUGUCCUCCUACCUGAGCAGGUGUCACUCCUGCAGGGUGGAGAGCGGCUGCUUCAUGGUCUACGACCGCCCCAACUACAUGGGAAACCAGUAUUUCUUCAGGAGGGGAGAAUACGGUGACUACAUGAGCAUGAUGGGCUGGAGUGGUGGAAUCAGGUCUUGCCGUAUGAUCCCCAUGCACAGGGGAUCCUACAGGAUGAGAAUCUACGAGAGGGAGAACUUUGGUGGUCAGAUGUAUGAGCUGAUGGAUGACUGUGACUCCAUUAUGGAUCGCUAUCGCAUGUCUGACUGCAUGUCCUGCCAUGUGAUGGAUGGUCAUUGGCUGAUGUACGAGCACCCCCACUACAGAGGCAGGAUGAUGUACAUGAGGCCUGGAGAGUACAGGAGCUUCAGAGAGAUGGGAAUGAGUGGAAUGAGGUUCAUGAGCAUGAGGAGGAUCAUGGACAUGUGCUAAAAAUGUUUAUUUUGAAAAAAUUAUAUCAAAUAAAGAUGAAACAAAAACAAAACUGUGGCUUUGUCAGCCAAGUGAAUGACAGAAUCUCACAAAGUGUAGGAGUUUGUGAGAUUAUUUAUUUUAUAUAAUUAUUAAACAUGGUGGUGGGACUAUAAUUGUCACAUGGUUUAGAUAACCACUGUAGAAACAAUAUGUUUCAUGCAAGUCACACACGGCGGAGGAAAUUGUGAACAGAUGCUAAUAUCAGUCAGUUUCCACCGAAAUCCUUCAAGUGUGCUAGAAGGCUGACGAUGAAGCAUCAUAGUGAGUCCAAGCCAGUGUACCACCUAACCCGAGACCAAGUCAAAACCAAGACCAGAGUGUAUCGAGAACAAGACAAGACUAAGACUUUUAGGGUCAGAGACCAAGACCAGCGCUACACGAUACAAAUAAAUUUGAAAUAUGAUAAAACUGCUUCUCAAAUUGAUCUAAAAGAUCCACAUUCUACUAAAACCACCAAGAUAUGAAAU